ACUGCGCACGCGCAGCCGCCACAGCCGAGCGGGCCGGCCGUUCCUUCCUCGGGAGGAGACCCCCCUCCCCGCCCCCCGGCACCAUGGAGUCCUAUGAUGUGAUCGCCAACCAGCCCGUCGUGAUCGACAAUGGCUCAGGCGUAAUUAAAGCUGGUUUUGCAGGUGAUCAGAUUCCCAAAUACUGCUUCCCAAACUAUGUGGGCAGACCGAAGCACGUCCGCGUCAUGGCCGGAGCGCUGGAAGGAGACAUUUUCAUUGGUCCCAAAGCUGAGGAGCACCGGGGGCUACUCUCAAUCCGUUACCCCAUGGAGCAUGGCAUCGUGAAGGACUGGAACGACAUGGAGCGCAUCUGGCAGUACGUCUACUCCAAGGACCAGCUGCAGACCUUUUCAGAAGAGCAUCCCGUGCUCUUGACGGAAGCUCCUCUGAACCCACGGAAAAACCGAGAGCGUGCUGCCGAAGUUUUCUUCGAGACCUUCAACGUCCCAGCCCUCUUUAUCUCCAUGCAAGCCGUGCUCAGCCUUUAUGCAACAGGCAGGACCACGGGAGUGGUACUGGACUCCGGGGAUGGCGUCACCCAUGCGGUGCCCAUCUACGAGGGCUUUGCCAUGCCCCACUCGAUCAUGCGCAUAGACAUCGCCGGCCGGGACGUCUCCCGCUUCCUCCGACUCUACCUGCGCAAGGAGGGCUACGAUUUCCACUCGUCCUCGGAGUUUGAGAUUGUCAAAACCAUCAAAGAGCGGGCCUGCUACCUGUCCAUCAACCCACAGAAGGACGAGACGCUGGAGACGGAGAAGGCGCAGUACUACCUGCCCGACGGCAGCACCAUUGAGAUCGGCCCUUCCCGCUUCCGGGCACCGGAGCUGCUGUUCCGACCGGAUCUGAUCGGGGAGGAGAGUGAGGGCAUCCACGAGGUGCUGGUGUUUGCCAUCCAGAAGUCAGACAUGGACCUCCGGCGGACACUCUUCUCCAACAUCGUGCUCUCGGGAGGCUCCACCCUGUUCAAAGGUUUCGGUGACCGACUGCUGAGCGAAGUGAAGAAACUGGCUCCCAAGGACGUGAAGAUCAGGAUAUCGGCGCCUCAGGAGAGACUGUACUCAACGUGGAUUGGGGGUUCCAUCCUGGCAUCUUUGGACACCUUUAAGAAGAUGUGGGUCUCCAAGAAGGAGUACGAGGAAGACGGCGCCCGGUCCAUCCACAGGAAAACCUUCUAACGUUUGGACAUCUUCACCUCUCUCCGAAGUUAACUCCACUUUCAAACUCGCUUUCCUGAGUCCAAGUGUGUGUGAGGAGUUGCCCCCGUGUGCGUGCGUGUGCGUGUGUGUGCGUGCGUGUGCCAGCCUGGCCUGGACGAGACCAGGGCCCGGAGAAAGGACGACCACUUCAGCGAGACACAAACAAUCUGGGCAGGAGGGACUGACCACUAACUCGUUCCCAAGCGGGAGAAGGCCUCACCCGACCUCCCCAACCCUUGGUUCUUUGGGUCCUUCUCCUUUCUCUGGUUGUGACUGUUUACUGCUGUAGGGAGAGAAGGUGGGGGGCAAAUGGAGAAACAGACCCGAGCUCUCCCCUUUUCCCCCCCUCCACACCCUUUCUCCCUGCCCCUCCUCAGUCCAGCCCCAGAGCUGGUCUCGCACGCUUCUCCUCUACUCAUCACUGUCUCUUGCUGGCUGCUUGAUCGUUGCGGGUUCUGGGAGGGAGGGGUGGGGCAUUCUUUUUGUGGUUUUCGAUUUGGAAAGGGAAGGGAUGCCAGGGCAGGAAAAGCACAUUUGGAGAUGUUUGUAGAAACACCUGGGUUAGCGUGGAGGCUGGCAAUGGGGGAAAGGGCAGGAAGUUUAUACCGAGGGCUCAGACAGAGCUGCUAUUAGGGAAAAGGGAAUGGGAGGAGCUGGCUAUUACAGCCCGACUUUGUAAAACAAGGUCAUCACCCCUGAGACACACACACACACCCCACACACCAACCCAAUCCCACCCCCUUGGGAGUCACAGGAUUGACCUUUCAGUCCCUUGACUCUCCCCUGCCAUUUGUAAACCCCUCCCCUCGCCUGUGACCCUGUGGGGAGAAUGCCAGGCCUUGAAGAGGAAAGGGGGAGGGAGUGGACAAAGCAGGCGUAUGGCUGGCAGACAGGCUCCCUUGCCCGAAUGGCUCUCUGAUAAGAGGUGAGGUUUCUAGAUUGGUAAGAGCUCAGCGGGAGAGGAAUUCCCCUCCAGAGCAAUUGCUUUUUAUCACCUUCUGCAAGAGGCCAGAGUAGGAAGUUUUAUUUAUUUAAGGGCCUGACAAGCUGGGGCUUCAUUGAUAGGGCUGGUGGAGGGGGUGGGUCGGGGGGAGACUGGUAAAUCUGAGGUUUCUGGGGAUUUUCUGCUAACACUAAUGUUUACAACCUCCUCUGCUUUGUGCACCCUCCCUCUGCCUCCUUUGUCCUCAUAGAGGGUCCACGGGGCCACACCCUGCUAACAAUAAACUGAUGGAGUACAUGGGCAUUGAGAGUAGUCUGCAACUGGAAUCGGUGGCACCCACGAGGACCCCUUCCCCUCCUUCCUUUGCCCCAUGGCGGGGACGGGCAGGGAAUUUGCUGCCUGCCCCUUCCUCCCUGACACAUAUUUUCCCCGAACACCGAUUGCAACUACCUCCUUGCUCCGCUGAGACUGCUGGACUGGCUCUGACUACCAGGGGAGCAACAGCACAGGCCUCUUCACGGGUGCGUGGAGAGAAACCUCUUACCCCUCCGCUCUACAGCUCACACUCAGCUGCCAGCCCGAUUUCUGCCCUCUAGAGAGUUGGCCAACUCCCCCACAGCUCAGGAGUCAGGGGGAGCAAAAUCACAGGCCUGUGGGUGGAACAUAGUAGUAUUAGCAUGUUUUUGAUGGCGCGGGGAGUUGCUGCAGGCUCUCAAGAAGAGUUACCGAGUAGUCGUGAUUCGGAAUCGGAAAAACUUGUAAGAGGGACUGAUGUGUACCUUGGGUGUAUUUGUGUGUGUGUGUCUGUGGAUGGUGGGGGAAGUCAGCUGGUACUAGUCCCUCUGUGGCUUUUGAUCUACUCCCCCUUCUAUCCAAAUUGCUACUUGGUGCUGGUGACCAGGGCUCAGCUAUCAUCCCUGACCCCUCUCUCCUGGAGAGAAAAAGCCUUCUGGCUGCUGAGAGACAAAGACCCUGAGUUUUGCACCUUCCUGUCCUUAACAGGAUCAAGACUGGGCCUCUGGGAACAGGGAAGACCUUCAAGUUUCCUCCUCACAGGGCUAAGGGGGCUCUGCCUGUCAGCAGAGCCCGAGCCUGCUGCUUCAAUCAUUAUGGGAAUUGGGUACAGGUGCCAACACCUUGCUCAGGUCACCAGAGAAGUGGGGUCCCCCACAAACUGAGCACUGCUGCCCUGCCGUCCCCUCAGGGUUAGUACUUCCAAGGGCUAAGGGAGCUCCCCAUCUCACACACACUCACUCUUUUCUUCCACCAGAUUCUGGAAUGAUGGCUUCCACAUUAGGUGGGCUCCAAGGAAAGGAAACAGGAUCAUGGGCUGGAAGCCAGGUGAGGGAGCAGCCAUAACAAUGUGGUUCUUUGGUUUAGCCCUAUGAUGGGGGCGGGGGAAGAGAGGCGGUCACAGGGCCUGGCUUCAGCUCUAGGCCCUGCCUGGCCAAACUGUCUUCUAUUUUAGUCAGCACCCCUCCUCCACCUCAAGGUUGCCAUCCUCUGUCUCGUGCAAGUUUGCUUAUUGUGUAACGAGGACUUAUCACAAGAUCUUGAGCUAGAGGCUGACAAGGCUGCCUAGAAUUUCAAAGGCAACCCAAGAUGCCACUGUUCAUAGUUCUGUUUCUCAUGCCGCCCAGCUCCACAUUUGACUCCUGCCAGAAGAAAAGCUGGCUGUCCCUGGAAUGAACCCACUGAGCUCUUUGCCCUGAUCUACCCAGGCCUCAAGCCCCCUUGUUCCAACGAUGCCAGUUUCCUUUCCUCCACUUAUUGACCAAAUGGCCCUCGGCCAGAUGUGGGCAGCGGCUGGGGUCAGGCCCUGUCGGAAAAACGGUAUAACCAACGCCCUGCAACUUGCUUCUCAACCAUCCUGCCUCCAUCUUCUCACCCUGAGUCUGUACCUCACCCAAGACUCCAAACCAUGUUGCCUGGCAAUGCCCCCAUGUACUUAAAUAAAGUUGCUCAAAACACAAGC